AUGUCAAAACGUUUUUUUGAAGGUGCUCAACAUGCAGCUCGUUAUGCAAUAACUCGACCAACAUAUCCACCAGAAUUAAUGGAAAAAAUCAUUAAUUUUCUUGCUAUGAAGUAUAAAGGUGUAUAUGAUUAUGCAGUUGAUAUUGGUUGUGGUAGUGGACAAAGUACGGAACUUUUAUCACCUUAUUUUCAAAAAGUCUAUGGUUAUGAUGUAAGUGAAAAUCAAAUAAAAGAAGCAAAAACAAAAAAUAAAAUAUCAAAUAUUGAAUAUCAAGUCAGUGCAAAUAAUGCUAUACCACAUGCAAACAAAUCCCUUUGUUUAAUCACUGCUGCACAGGCAGCACAUUGGUUUGAUUUAAAACAAUUUUAUUCUGAAGCUAAUCGAACUCUUAAACAAAUGGGUGUAUUAGCUCUUUAUGGUUAUGAAUUGCCUAAAAUCGAUGGUGAAAAUUCUACACAACUCAAUGAAAUUUUUCAAACUUUCUACAAAAAGCUAUUACCGUAUUUUCCACCGGAUCGACUUCAAAUUGAUAAGAAAUAUGCUGAUAUUAUUUUACCUUAUGAAGAACAAAUUCGAGAUGAAAGUGUUAAAAUAAAAUAUGAAUGGAAUCUUGAUCGUUUUCUAGCUUAUGUUUCAACGUGGUCAGGUUAUAUUCAUUACAUGCAAAAAUAUCCAGAUAAAAAUAUUAUUUUUGAUUUACGUAGAGAUUUGUUUAAAGCAAUGAAAACAGAAAAUGAAAAUGAACCGAUGAAAAUUUAUUUUGGAACAUUUAUUUUACUUGGUCAUAAAAAUAUGCUUACUUAUGAAAGUAUUAUUAUUGGUCAACGUGUUGAAGUCUUUCGCAAUGAUAAAAUUGUUUAUGGAACAGUUCUUUAUAAAGGUCCAAUCGUAGGACGACAUGGUAUAUGGCUUGGAAUUGAUUUAGCUACUCCAGAUGGUGAUAAUGAUGGAACUUUAAGAGGACGUGUUUAUUUUCGAGCUCCACUUAAUUAUGGAAUAUUUACGACAAUUGAUCAUAUACGUUUAGCAUCGGAUUUUCAACGAAAACGAAAAUCAGUUUAUCGAACGGUGAAUAAAAAAAGUAUUGUUGAAGAAGAAUUAUUUGGUAAUACAGAUCCACUUGUAUUACCUCCUCCAUCGACUAAUGCAAGUAUUUCUAAUAGUAAAGUGACACUUUCAUUGAAAAAUCCACAAGAACGUCCAAAUUCAAGUAUUUUUUGUGAAAAGGAAACACGUUAUCCAUUACCACAAACAUUAGCUAAAGAAUAUGAUUAUAAAAUAAGAAAAGAACGUCUGCGUAAAGAAAAGAUGAUGUCUAAACAAAUUGAUACAACUGAAUUUACAUUUGCACCUACACCAUCAAUUCCACCUGUUUUUAUGCCACCAAGUGAAGUCGACCGUGCUAAACGAACAGGUUUUGUAGGCAUGAGUAUACCUCGUUAUACAGUUGUCUACGAUCAAUAUGAUUUUCUUGAAUGA